AUGGUAUCACCUAAAUCUCGAUCGCACACUAGUGCUGAUCAUAUUGAAGAGUCCAAUACUACCGCCAGUCUGUUUUUAGGCGGCGUGCGGAGGAACUGGAUGGGCCCGCAAACUAACCUCCCGGAGAACUCGGCUACGCGAAACACUCGUGUCGAGGUUGACCCUCCAAUCCCCUCCAACUCCCUUCCCCGCGAGCUUGUCUUAAUGUCCCCCGUCACGCCCGGUGAGACCCUUACCCAAACUCCCUCACGCGGUCCUGUUCAUACGGCAAAAAAACCCGAUGCGCGAGCGACAGCUCUUCCCUCACCUGUUCCCAGUACAAAUUCUCACCCAAGUCCCGUGAACGCCGAUGCGAUCGUCUCAAAUAGACCCUCCACUCUACCGCCAAUUUCUACACAACUCACGGCGCAACGUGGCAAUGAUGAGCGCAUGGCAGUCCGACAACCUCCUCCCAGUGGGCUCGCCACGUCACAAAGUGUGACCCAGUCCCCUCUAACGGGACCUAACUGGUCCACGAACUCGCCCUCGCUCACAGGCACACGCACAGAUGCUAGCACACAAGAACACACAGUCUCGGAGUCACGUCCUAGCCCGCAGCAGAAUGGGAGAGCUGGAGCUGCGACCAUCCCCAGUGAGGCAUGGGAACAAUGGUCUGCUCAAUUGGAUGCCUUGGUAGACGAUUUAUCCGCAAAGGGAGCACUAUCUCCUGUUCACCCGAGAGAGACAAAUGUUAUUCUGGCUCGGAUCGACCUAUUGCGCCAGGCCAUUAGUCGUAAGGACACUUUCUAUUUGGUGAUGCAUCAAUUGUACUGCCGAUAUAGCAUUGAUCCAAGUACAUUGAGUCAAAUUAGAGCCCCUGAGAUGGGCAUGCAAUCACUCAUCCCUCUUCUGGAAGACAAUAGAAUGAUGCAUGGUUCCGCUACCAUUGGUUUCGCCCAUUUCCCGGCAUCUCCACAGCAGUUGAUGCAGACAACGUGGUAUCUCCAGGUGCUGUCCAGUGUUCCGGAGUUUUUAUCACGGUUUGGCAGUCAAUGGCAGGGCAUCUGGCUUCAGGCCCGUCAUUCCCCGUUGGUGUCUCAUCUUUGGCAAGCACUCGCUUGCCAAUCUCCGAUUUUGAUGUCGGUGAUGUUCAUGUGUGUUGCACGGCGCCUUCACCACGAGAAAUAUGUCAAGCCUCUUGUGGAGUUGUUUUGGAAAGAUUUAAAAGUUUUCCACCAGUGUAGGGACUAUGACCUCCCCAGGACUACUCAGCAGGCCCAUGACUUCAAUUUUGCCCAACAGUAUCUCGGCUUCCCACGUUUGCCUGAAUAUCAACCACAAACACCAUCUUCCUCCCACCCCGCACCUCCCAGACCUCAUAAUCAAACCAUGUCUCAAGCCGCUCCAGGAGUAUCAUCGCCAUAUCCUAGAUCUGCGGUUGCUGGUAUCAGUCAACCUGCCACAAAUUCACCUGCUCUAAGCCCACUUGGUGCUCCUUUGCAGCAUUGCCCCUCAAACUCACCCCAGGGGCAGGUUGUUGGUCCAGCUGCCGGGUCUCUUCAAUUUGGCGUAAACUCACAAGUGCAGAAUACCCCACAAUAUGUUUAUUACAGCUCCAUGCCACAAGGGCAGGGACAGGGACAAGGAGUGUGGUAUCCGGUGCAUCCACAAAUGAAUCCACAAAUGCAAAUGCACAGGCAGGUAGUGCUUGAACAGGUACCACCUUCUCGGGGGCACCAAUCAAUGCCAGGUUCAAAUGGCCAACAAAUGCAGCGUCGAACAAUGAUGCUUACGACUUCAGUAGCGCCUGCUAACCCCUCCACCACCUCCCUCCAAUCGAGUGCUCUCACUUCUACACAGUCAGCGCAGUCAUUCCACGCUCCUUCUCCCAUAUCCGCGACGCCAACUACAACAACCCAUAUGGCCCAGCACCAGAUGCCCCCACAAAGGCCUAAUAAUCAUCACAACCGACAACCUUCGAGGACAUUGCAAUCGUCCGGUUCGCCGAUCGCACGUGCACCCCCUCAGGGACAGAUUCCCCAGGGACAGCAUUUCCAACCUUUAUCCAACUCUGCCUUCCUCCCAUUACCUGGCUACAGAGCACCCAUGAUGGUGAAUCCAAAUCCAACGCGUCUCGGCCUACAUUUGGUUGAUAUUCGUGAUCCCAUGAAGAAGCUGGUAAAACUGGAUCCAGAUGGCAAUGAAAUUGAGACUGAUCUGUUCACCUAUCUCAAUACCUUCAUUGUACAGCCCACAGUCGUUGACAUUGAUCAGCCGAUCUACACGUGGAAUUUCUCUUUCACGCAUGAUGAGCGCCAAAAGUUCCCACACAUAGUUCGCGGGAAAGAGAGUCAAUAUUCGGUUUGGACCUUUAGGCCUGGUUGCCGGACUAUUCGCCUGCGAUGCAUUCGCCUUCCUGGCAGUCCAAAUACUGUGACAGAGAAAACCUGGUCUACCACGAGCACUUUCUGGCCCAGUGUCUUUUACAUUACUGUGAACGGCAAAGAGCUCUAUGUGCGCCGGAAGGUCCACAACGGAAAAGACCUGCCUUUGGACAUCACCGAGUACCUUAAAGAAGGCGAAAACUGUAUACGGCUCGAUCUGAUCUUAGGACAGGAUGAGUGCAAGACCUCCAAAUUCGUCUUUGGAGUGGAGGUCAUGGAGGUCGCCGAGUUCGACCAGGUACUCACUUUGAUCAAGUCCGUCUCAGCUGCCGAUUCUCGUGCAGCUAUCAAAAAGCGUCUUUCUCCUAUCACCGACGACGAUGACCUGGCAGUUGUCACCGACAACCUCACAAUCGACCUAGUGGACCCCUUCAUGGCACGCAUUUUCGAUGUCCCCGUUCGCUCGCGCCACUGCAGCCACCAUGAAUGCUUCGACCGUGACACUUUCAUAAGAACCAGGAGAUCCGUAUCCGGCCAGACACCGAUGGUCGACAACUGGCGCUGCCCGAUUUGUAAGGGCGAUGCCCGUCCGCAGUCCCUGGUCGUCGAUCACUUCCUUGCUGAUGUCCACGCCGAGCUUGCCCGUACAAACCGACUUGACGGGAUCAGAGCAAUUCAAAUCAAAGUUGAUGAAACCUGGACCCCCAAGUACGACACCGAUGAGGCCUCGCCCACCGCAGACAAAGUCUUCUCUCCGAAGCGCAAGGCCGAAGACUCUUUGGGCCCCGUUGCCAUGCGCCCCAGGAACAACGUGUCUAGUGGUAGUCACAGUUCCCCUGUUCGCACCCAAGAACAUACCGUCAUUGAACUGGACUGA